AUGACUCAUGACGCGAGGUUGCUGUGGAUCGGGAUGAUGUCGACUCAAACGGUGGCUCAACUAAGUGUCGCCACCGCCGCUGUGCUGCUCACAAUCUCCCUGAUCACCAUUUUUCUCACAGCAAACGAAAUUAAUGAGGUGUAUAGUGAGGCGUUGAGGGAACUUGAGGAAUGGAAGCAUUACUCUAACGAAGCAUGGUUCGAUAUGAAAUCAUUACUGCAACGAGCACCACGAUCCGCCUACAGGAGCGUAAGCGGCGAGCGGAACAUAUGGCGAAGAAAUUCCUACUAUACGCCACCUACGCAAAUAAAUCCGCAACAAUAUGCGCUACCAACGGAUACGUUCGUCGAAUCGCAGACAUGCAAUUGUGCACCACAAGCGAAUAAUUGCCCGCCGGGACCGCAAGGACCACCUGGACAAACUGGUUCCGAUGGAGAACCAGGCUAUCCUGGAAUUCCCGGACAGCGUGGAGCCAAUGGGAUUGCGCUGGGAUUGUAUCGACAGGAAGCACCCGGAUGCAUUCGUUGCCCAGUGGGACCGCCAGGACCACCGGGAAAUUUGGGUUAUCCAGGCGAAAAGGGCCCACCCGGUCCUCCUGGGCCUCUCGGAGCCACUGCGUAUCAGGGAGAACCAGGCCCAUGUGGUCCGCCUGGAGAUCGUGGAAAUGACGGACAACCUGGUCUACCAGGACCACCAGGCCAACCUGGUCGUUCCUUCACCGUCCAGGUCCACCUGCCAGGUCCAAAAGGACCUCCUGGUAGGCUUGGGCCCAGCGGCAGACCUGGACCAACUGGUUAUUGUCCACCGCCCGGAACUCCGGGACCUCCUGGUCUCAUGGGUCCGCCUGGGAAACCUGGCCCGUUAGGACCACCGGGAGCUCCUGGUUAUCCUGGACCACCCGGAGUGCCCGGUCAGGAUGGCGAGUACUGCCCAUGUCCUCCGAAAAGUGGCGCUGUGAACAGAUAUCCACAACCGCAGGCGCAGUCUUCCUAUCCACAACCACCACAGCCGGUCUAUCAACCGCCUCCACAGCCGUCCUAUCAGCAACCUUCACAGCCGGUCUUCAAACAGCUUCCUCCUCCUCCACCACCUCCUCCUCCACCGAAUUAUCCCUUAGAUCAAUAUUCUGAAAAGUAUGGCGUAAACUCAUAUGGUUCUAAUGUUGGGCAAACUUUUACGAAUGCAGCUGAAGUUCAAUCGGAAUACAGAAGAAGAGUUAUUGCUCGAAUUCUACGACGGCGACGACUUCUCGCUCAAAAGAAACAGGCUUAG